AUGGCUACCAACGGCGUGAAAACGAUGAAUAACAGCGAGGAUUCGAGGAUCAAAGGCUACACGCCUCUUACACCCCCGAAUCUCCUGCAACACGAAAUUGAACAAUCAGAAAGGUCGAAAGAAGUCGUAAUUCAAGCUCGUAAUGAGUCAGUAUGCAUUGUACAUGGCACAGACAAGCAGCAGCGUCUGCUGGUCGUCGUGGGUCCCUGCUCGAUUCACGAUCCACAAGCUGCCUUAGAAUACUGCGAUCGCCUGCUGAAAUUGAAAGAGAAAUAUCAAGACGCGCUCUUGAUAGUCAUGAGGAGUUAUCUGGAAAAGCCCCGAACUACAAUUGGAUGGAAAGGCUUAAUCAACGACCCGGAUAUUGAUAACUCGUUCAAGAUUAACGAUGGUCUCAAGAUAUCGCGGAAGCUCUUCCUCGACUUGACCGAGAGAGGCAUGCCGCUGGCCAGCGAAAUGCUAGAUACCAUCUCGCCACAAUUCCUUGCGGACUUACUUAGUGUUGGUGCUGUGGGUGCGAGGACUACCGAAUCUCAACUUCACCGAGAACUGGCAUCGGGUUUGUCUUUUCCAGUCGGCUUCAAGAACGGCACAGAUGGGUCGUUAGGUGUUGCCGUAGACGCUAUUGGCGCUGUGAAGAACGGACAUCACUUCCUCUCUGUCACUAAGCCCGGUGUUGUUGCCAUUGUACAGACGGAGGGUAACGAAGACUGCUUCGUGAUCUUGAGAGGGGGAACUAAAGGCACGAAUUAUGACGCAAAGAGUAUUGCUGAGGCAAAGGAGAGCCUGGCUAAGAAGGGCCUGAACGCCCGCCUAAUGGUCGACUGCAGCCAUGGUAACUCUCUGAAAAAUCACAAAAACCAGCCCAAGGUGGUACACGAUCUAGCAACACAAAUCUCUGCCGGUGAGACUGGGAUCAUGGGUGUGAUGAUUGAAAGUAAUAUCAAUGAAGGCGCCCAAAAGUCACCCAUGAAUGGAAAAAAAGAUCUCAAAUAUGGCGUAAGCAUCACUGAUGCCUGCAUCGGUUGGGAUGAUACCGAACUUGUACUGGAGGAGCUGGCCACCGCCAUUCGCAAGCGAAGGGCCCUGAACGGAGUUAACGGCCACGCGUAG